AUGCAAGCCACUGUGAUGGUAGAAACAGACCCUGGUAAAAGCUACCACAGAAAUGGAAGAAACCUUCAAAAAGAUAAACCAUCUAAUCCUAAGAAAGACAAUUUUUUAUCUUCAAGUGGUUGUAACGAAGUCAAAUUGACUUUUCCUGACGAUGAAUGGGACUCCUUGGCUCUAGGGCCAAGAACUAAUGACGACAAAAUCAACAGUGUUGACAAGACAGAUUUAAUGGAGCCAUCUUUUUCAGUAAAUCAAGAUACUAACACAGAGAGUGCUUUCUCUCAGUCCAGUGAGUUUGAAGACGGUAUUGACUGUGCCUUUUUGAAUGAAACGUACUCCAUACAUUAUUCAGAGUCAAAACUUAAGAAUGAAAAUCUUACUCGUUUAUGUUCAGAAUUACAUCCUAACAUGCACAAAAGUGAGGAGGUGUUUUUUAAUAUUUUAGAACCUCAAGGUCAUAAUGGCAUUGGAUUCGAAAUAACUCACAAGAGUUUCGACACCGACUACGAGGAAGCUGCUGAAGAUGUGCAGAAGAACGACACGGACGACUCCCAGCAGGAGUAUCACAGCGCACAGCAGGACACACAGCAGGAGCACAUAAGCAACUACUUAUCUUUUGACCAAGCAAAAGCAUUAAGCAUAUCUAAUCUGUAUGCUGAUGAAUUGGAAAUUUCAGGUUAUGAAGUUAAAUGUGUUAGCGAUUUAGAAGAUAGCCAUGCUAAGUUAGAAAGCGGUCCUGUUACCUCUUUGGACUCACUUAAUGGUUUUGCACAAGAUUGUCCACCUGGUGCUUUUAAAUUUCAGGAUUCUGACAUGUUAAAAGAACAUCAUGGACCAAAGCAUGGAAAGGGUAAACAGCAAGAGCUCAGUCUGCCAUGCCAUGCAGCACUUGAUGACUUUGUACAAAGAAGGACUUCUCUCUUACAUCCUCAGAAACCACUAAACACCAAAAUCUAUGCUGAAGAAAAGAGCUCUCAAACAACUGAAAGUAAAGGUUUUUGUGGAGAUGGAAUUGUUAAGAACAGAUCAUUACAGCACCUUGAAAGUCCUGGCACAUUACCCCAGGCUGAUAAAGAUUACCAGACUUGCGGGUCCUCUAUCUUUGAUGACUCGGUCAUUUCUCUCUGUGGCUCUUCACAAUAUAAAAGCCUUCAAAGCACCCCUAACCCAGCCUUUGGUUUUUCUCCUAUGCUACCAAGGAUUGCCAUCACAGACAAGCAGGCAGGAGUAGAGGACAGCUCCCCGCAGCUCCUAAAAAGCAGUGCCAUAGGUAAAACAUGUUCUCAUGCUUUGAAAGAAACGUGUCUUCAGUCGUUGCCGGAUGCAGCAAGUUGCACAGUCACAGUUAACCAGAUGCUGGAUGUGAGUGCUGAUCUUGGGGCUUCUUACACAGCCAGCAGGGCAACAAGUGCAAGGUCUUCUGUGAUGUCCUUACCAAGCAACACGGAAAGAAUGAGGGUCAGUAAAAACCGACCUGAUGACUGGCAAUGUGAAAGGCGAAGUGUGGCUUGUAGUACAGAUUGGUCAUGCAAUCGUGACUGUGCAGAUGUGCGGAUGGCUAUACCAAAAGGACUGGGACGCUCUCUCUCAGCUGACUGCUUAAAGCCUAAUGGAAAUCCCCUAAAUGAGACAUUCUUGGAAUUGAGAAAAACAUCUGCUACCACAGAUGUAAAGAAAUACCCUGAGAGGGAAUUUCAGCUUUGUGAGGAGAUGGAUUUGCCAUCAAAGUGCUGUCAGAAAGCAAAAGAGAGAGCCGUAAAGGCAGAGAUGCACCUUCUGAAUGUUUGCUAUCAGAUGUGCCAUCACCACUGUUGUGACAUUUACAAACUCGUCAUGGGAAACAGAGCAGGAUUAAAUAGGAAUUUGCCAAGUGAUUUUGCUAAGAAGGAAUUAGGAUCAGCACUCCUGUCUGUCUGGGGAGACUUAAAAGUUAGAUACAUGAAUUUGAAAGAAAAAAUCCAGAAGGGCGUACCGCUGGAGGAGCUGCCCCCACUGUCAGUAGAGUCCAAGCUGUUAUCUGCUUUCUCCACUUUUGCCUCCAAGCUGAUAAAAGAAGAGUCACGUGACUUUUCAGGAGCGGAUUCUGACCUAGAUAAUCAAAGUGUACCUGAUGUUGAUGUUUCUCUAAGCCUAAAAAAGACAUUGUCACAAAUGACUGUUUUAUCUGACAGCAGUCAUCCUAAACAAGAUAAAUCACCCAAGAAAGAUGGUUUAAGAAAUGGUGACAUCAACAUUGAUCAACUGAGGCUUGAUGAUAAACGCAGAAACUGCUCUGAAAUAAGUGAAGAAUGGUUUGAUGCAAAAGAGAAGCUGAUGGGAGCCGACGUCUCAGGAAUACAAGAUAGUCUCCUGGAGCAGAGCAGGUGGAGUCCAAAGUUCCCAUUAGAAAUGAAGACCGUUGAAUUGCUGAAAAGAGAUAAAGGCUUCUUGAUACAUCUUGGUGGUCUUUGUUCUUCAGUAUCUGAGGCUGAUUUGUGGUCUCAUUUCCAGAAAUACCAAGUUUCUGAAGUUUCAAUUUUUGACUCUCCUACCAAUUACAGAUACGCAUCUCUUGCUUUUACAAACAACAAUGAUGCAAAGAUGGCUGUGAAGGAAAUGAAUGGUAUAGAAAUAAAUGGAAAAUCUGUAACUGUGCGGCUUGUGAAAACUCCUGGAGAAUACACAGCACGACUUUGCGCCAAAAGUGGAAACAAAGUUAGUCUGAAUCAUUUGGAGAAAAACACCAACAAAGAAGGUAUCUCAGUCUCCUCUGUUCCUCGAUUGCCCAAAACUAGACCAAGGCGGCUGGAAUCUGAGCAAGACCGUGAAUUUUCCUCUUUGGACCAGGAGGGUGUCAAGAAAAAUUGUAAACAGAUUGACUCUAUUAGGUUAUUACCUGAGAUACCUGUUCAGCCCAUACCUCCAAAUACAUUGAACCUUCGUAGCUUUACCAAGAUCACGAAAAGGCUGGCUGAGCUGCACCCAGAAGUCAGCAGAGACCGCAUUAUAAAUGCUCUUCAGGAAGUGAGAGUGAAUCAUAAAGGUUUUCUGAAUGGCUUGUCUAUUAGCGCUAUUGUGGAAAUGACUUCAUCUUUUCUGAGAAACUCAGUUUCCCAUUAG